CUGGUCACCUGCUCCACCAGCUCCUCCCUGGUCACCUGCUCUGCUGGCUCCACCCUGGUCACCUGCUUUGCCUUGGUAACCUGCUCUGCUGGCUCCACCCUGGUCACCUGCUCCUCCCUGGUUACCUGAUCAGCCCUGGUCACAUGCUCUGCCUUGGUUACCUGCUCUGCCGGCUUUGUCCUGGUCACCUGCUCCACCAGCUCCUCCCUGGUCAACUGCUCCGCCCUGGUCACCUGCUUUGCCUUGGUCACCUGCUCUGCCGGCUCCACCCUGGCCACCUGCUUUGCCUUGGUCACCUGCUCUGCUGGCUUUGUCCUGGUCACCUGCUCUGCCGACUACACCUUGGCCACCUGCUUUGCCUUGGUCACCUGCUCUGCUGGCUCCACCCUGGUCACCUGCUCCGCCCUGGUCACCUGCUCUGCUGGCUUUGUCCUGGUCACCUGCUCUGCCGACUACACCCUGGCCACCUGCUUUGCCUUGGUCACCUGCUAUGCCGGCUCCACCCUGGUCACCUGCUCUGCCUUGGUUACCUGCUCUGCUGGCUUUGUCCUGGUCACCUGCUUUGCCUUGGUUUGCCUUGGUGACUUGCUCUGCUGGCUUUGUCCUGGUCACCUGCUCUGCUCUGGAUGUCCCGUGUGCUUUUUCCACCCUGGCUUCCUGCUCUGUCUCAAUCUCCAAGCCCUCAUCCAUUCCAUUGGCUUUGCCCUUCAACACUUUUUUUUUUACAGCAUCUGAAAUCCACUCUUUAAGGGGGAACACGUUCUCCAUGUUUGUCCUUGGACUUUUGUUAAACCUCCUGUUUUCUGUCCAAUGUGCCAUUAUUUUGUUUCCAGUUUGUAGUUUUUUCACCUUGAUUGUCUUCCCCAGGUGUGACUUGUUAACUCAUUAUCUUGUUUAUGUUUGUUUGUUUGCUUAUUUCAAUAUAACCCCCUGCACUUAGAUCUGCAUUUUUACCUGCCAUCUCGUCUGUUUCUGCCAAACAUUACAGUUUGCUUUGUCUGCACCCAUAAAGAUGGCCUCCUAAAAUUUGAAUAAAACUAGUGUAUUACUGCUUUAGUCAGACUUCAUGACUGCUGCACGACUGAAUACUUUAUUUACAUCAAACUUGAUAAAAGUCAUAUCAAAAGUCAUAGUUUAUAUCUUCACAGAAUUGUGAGAUAUAAACUCUAAAAUGACCUUUUUUACUUUUUUAUUCCAUGGCUUCCAUAGACUUCUUCUGCAGAACUGUCACUUCCUGUCACCAGGUAGACUCCGCCCAAAUCAUCUCUGUUUACAAACAGUUGGUCUAUAAAAUAGAAGACUGACUAAAUUGCAUCAAUAAGUUCGUUUUACCUGAGAGACUUCAAUUUCCUUGCCUAGCCAUAUAUGAAAAUGCUGACAUUUACAUUUGCCUACAUUUUAAGAGAGAAAAAAUUGUCAAUAAAUUACUCUUCAACUCAAACCCAUCCUAAACAAGCACACCUGUGUGCAUGUCAAAUAAAAUGUGAAAUGUGAAACGUGAAAUGCCAUUUCUUAUAUUUGAUCCUUAAUAAUUUCAAAUAAAACUUCUGAAUGUUAUUUAUGUAUAUAAAAUAUUAUGUUAUUCACGAUAAAUAUUAUCAAAUAAAGUUUCACUAUGCAGCUGUUAUUCCAUACAGGGCUAUUAUGGGAAGUAAAAUUAUGUUUGAAUAUCACUUUCUGUAAAUGUUUGUCUUUAUACUGUAGACACAUUUCAGCACAUAAUCCAUACUGUAAAUCAUAUAUUAUUACAAUUUAGAUUAAAUUAAGUGUUUUUAACCCUUUUUUAAAUUCAGAAUGUCAAAAUCAAGAUCAUAGAUGAAAUUUUGAUUUUCUCUUAUAUUCUUUGUUGAAACUGAGAUGGAAUAAGUUGGAUAUAUGCCUCAAUAUAAGGAUUCAGUUUUAGUUAAUAAAAUACAGCCAAAAUAGUUAAUCUUGAUAAACAAAUUCUUUAUUAAUUUAAAAUAUUUGUUUAUAUUUAUAUAUUUAAAUAUUACAUUCAAAUAUUUAAGUGUUGUUUUUUCCAAUCUUUUAUAAUAUGAAUUAUAAUAUGAUUAAGAAUAUCACAAAUGCUCUGUAGCUGGUUUUGCAAUUACUUAACACUUGCUUACAUUUAUAUAUAAGCCAGAAGCUUUUGGAAAAAUAUGUGGUAUUGAAAGCUUUGGAAAUCUUUGAUUUAAUCUUUGAAUCAAUCCUUACUCUUAGCAUUUUAAUGAGUUUUCUGUAUGUGAAUUUCUAUUAUUUUUAUUUAACGUGUGAAGAGGACUUUUAUUUUGGUGUUGUGACAUGAUGCCAUAAGGCUGCGCCGUGCUCCUGCAUCUGUGAUUCUGCUGAAGAAAGAGUGUCCAAACACACAGAUAAACUCCUGGUGAAGCAACUGAGAUCCACGUGACACACUAUUAUAAAGAUGGAGUUUAUUAAAGAGGAGAGUGAAGACGUGAAGAUUGAAGAAACAUUCAGAGUCAAACAUGAAAAAACUGAGGAACAAACAGACCUGAUGGAGCUGAAAGAGGAGAAUCAACAACUGAAUGAAAUUGAAGAGGAAAAUCAAUAUGAGAAACAGCAUGAUUUCAUGACUGGAGAUCAAACCGGAGAGAAGCUUUUCACAUGCCAUCAGUGCGGAAAGUGUUUCCGUCAAAAGCAUAACCUUGCAGUCCACAUGAGAGUUCACACUGGAGAGAAACCUCAUACCUGCCAUCAGUGUGGAAAGAGUUUCACUCAAAAAGGAAACCUCAAAAUACACAUGAGAAUUCACACCGGAGAGAAGCCGUUCAUCUGCCAACAGUGUGGAAAGAGCUUCACAGCAGAACCAAACCUUAGGUGCCACAUGAACAGUCACACUGGAGAGAAGCCAUUCACAUGCAGUCAGUGUGGAAAGAGCUUCAGUCAUAACAGUAGCCUCAUCGUCCACAUGAGACUUCACACUGGAGAGAAGCCUUACACCUGCACUCAGUGUGGAAAGAAUUUCACACAGAAAAUCAUCCUUGAUUACCACAUGAACAGUCACACUGGAGAGAGAUCUUUCACCUGCCAGCAGUGUGGGAAAAGUUUUGGUCGAAAACAAAGCCUUGAAGUCCACAUGAGGAUUCACACUGGAGAGAAGCGUUUCAUCUGCACUCAAUGUGGAAAGAGUUUUACACAUAAAAACACUCUUGAUUACCACAUGAGGAUACACACCGGAGAGAAGCUGUUCAUAUGUGAUCAGUGUGGAAAGAGCUUCACGACAGAACUAAACCUUAGGUGUCACAUGAACAGUCACACUGGAGAAAAACCGUUUACAUGCACUCAGUGUGGAAAGAGCUUCAGUCAUAACAGUAGCCUCAUCGUCCACAUGAGACUUCACACUGGACAGAAGCCUUAUACCUGCAAACCGUGUGGGAAGAGCUUCACACAGAAAGGAAAUCUUAAAACUCACAUGAGAGUUCACACUGGAGAGAAGAGAUUCAUGUGUGGGAAAUGAGACUCACAUGAGGAUUCUCACAAGGGUUUUUUAUUGUCAUCAGUGUGGAAAGUGCUUCACAGUUAAAGUGUGAAAUUGAAGGAUUAGUUCACUUCAGAAUUCAAAUUUCCUGAUAAUUUACUCACCCCCAUGUCAUCCAAGAUGUUCAUGUCUUUCUUUUUUCAGUGGAAAAGAAAUGAAGGUUUUUGAGGAAAACAUUCCAGGAUUUUUCUCCAUAUAGUGGACUUCACUGGGGUUCAAAGGGUUGAAGGUCCAAAUUGCAGCUAUGAAAAUAACUGACAUUAGCCUGAGAUCUGACCGUAGAUACUGAAUCAAGACAAAAGGUUUAUCUCUGACAUGCUUUUUUUGAACUGCAUCUGACAGAAGAGUCAACAGCUGUCAUGAAUGUCUUUAAAAUAAAGUCUCAUAUCAGAUAAAUAGAA